AUGAGAGACGCCGACGAGGAGGAGGACGACGAGAAUACGAACGGCACGGGAGGCGAAGGAGGAACGAGAGGAGGCGCAAAUAGGGUGGUUCCUCCAAUGCUCGAAGACUUGCUCAAGGAAACGGAAGAAACAAAAUUGGAAAUAAAAGAGGUCGAGGCGGACUUCGUCUCCUGUUACGAAGGCGAGACGAACUAUCGCAAAUACGUUUUAUUCCUCCUGUUCAUGAUCGCGGUGAUGCAAAAUUUCGACCGGAACGUACCGUCGAUACUCUUUCCGACCUUAGCGGUGGAGUUGGACAUGACGGACGUGGAUACCGGGUUAGUGAAUGGGGCGUUUUUCUUACUUGUAAACUGCGCGUUGGCGAUACCGUUGGCGAGAUUGGCAGAUACGAGAGGGAGGAAAGGCAUUUUGAUUUUUUGUUUACUGGUGUGGUCGCUGGCGACGUGUUUGUCAGCCACGGCGCAAAGUAAGGAGUGGUUGGCGUUUUUGAGAGUUGGGGUUGGUAUUGGCGAGGCUGGGUGCGCGCCGGCGGCGUUGUCGUUGAUCGCGUGCAUGUAUAAGCCGUCCGAAAGGGCGAGCGCGAUGGCGAUACAGGCGUUGGGAUUAGCCGUUGGGAUUGCGUUGGCGAACGUUUUAGGCGGGAUAUUGGUAGAUAGGAUCGGGUGGAGAUCGGUGUUCGUGAUGGCUGGAAUCCCGGGGUUUGUGUUAGCUGGAUUGGUUUAUUUUACGUUGAGAGACGCGCCGAUUGUUUUGAAGAGGUCGAAUUCGAAAGCGAACAACGAAAUGACGAACGAGGAGAAGAAGAGUAGCAACAACAACAACACUAAAUCUAUCGCAGUUAAAGAGUUUAGUCGUGCGUGUUCCGAUGCGUGGGGGAGCGUUUGGGAGUGUGCGAAAGAGAUGUUUCAAAGGAAAACGUUCGUCUAUCUCGCCAUCGCGUGUUCGUUACAAGUCGCCGUCGGUUUGUCCAUCUUGACGUUCUUGCCGACAUUUUUCAUUCGCUCGCACGGGAUGUCGAACCAAGAAGCCGGGGUGGACAUCGCGGUCGUUUCUGGCGCGUGUGGUGCUCUUGGUAUAUUAGUGGGCGGCUUCGCGUGCGAUUAUUUAGUCAAGAAAUACCACGACGCGCGUUGGUAUCUGUGGUUCAUGAUCGUGUGUAACUUUAUCUCCACGCCGUUGCUCGUGACGGCGUUUCUAGUGAGCAAUAAGAUUGCGUCGUUGGUGUUUGCGGCGUUCGCGGUGGCGUUUUUUAUGGUCAUGGUUGGCCCACCAGGCGCGGUGGUACAAAUAUUAUCGCCGGAUUCCAUGAGAGCGACGUCGGCGGCGUUGUUCCAAGUCGUCACGAACGUCUUUGGAGGUUCAGUCGGACCAGCCGUGGUUGGCGCCGUGAGCGAUCGACUUUCGGAUAAGUACGGGGAAGAGAAAGGGUUGCGUUACGCUUUAGCCGGAAGCGCUGUUUUGUGCGUCUUGGGUCAAAUCGCGUGGUUCGUGGCGUCUUUAACCAUGCGCCAAGACGCGAAAAAUGCGAAGGAAGACGCCGAACAGCUACUGAUUUUGAAGGAGGACUAUUUCGCCCACGUGAAUACUUCUUCCCGAGAGGAAUCGAUGGCGUUACUCGGCGGUAAAAACGUAUGA